AUGAUGCAGGAGUCGGCCACAGAGACAAUAAGCAACAGUUCAAUGAGUCAAAAUGGAAUGAGCACCCUAAGCAGCAGCCAAUUAGAGGCUGGCAGUAGAGAUGGGAGAUCAAGCGCUGGUGACACAAGCAGCGAAGUAAGCACAGUCGAGCUGCUGCAUCUGCAACAACAGCAGGCUCUACAAGCAGCGAGGCAAUUACUCUUGCAGCAGCCAGGCAGUGGCCUGAAAUCUCCAAAGAGUCAGGACAAGCAGCGUCCACUGCAGGUUCCAGUGUCAGUGGCCAUGAUGAGUCCCCAGGUGAUGACGCCGCAGCAGAUGCAGCAGAUCCUCCAGCAGCAGGUGCUUUCCCCCCAGCAGCUCCAGGCCCUGCUCCAGCAGCAGCAGGCUGUAAUGCUGCAGCAGCAACACCUGCAGGAGUUUUAUAAGAAACAACAGGAACAGCUUCAUCUGCAGCUUCUGCAGCAGCAACACCCUGGCAAGCAGGCUAAAGAGCAACAGCAGCAGCAGCAGCAGCUGGCCGCCCAGCAGCUCGUCUUCCAGCAGCAGCUCCUGCAGAUGCAGCAGCUCCAACAGCAGCAGCACCUGCUCAACAUGCAGCGGCAGGGCCUGCUCACGCUGCCUGGUCCCGCUCCAGGCCAAGCCGCCCUGCCCGGACAGACCCUACCCCCACCAGCUGGAUUGAGUCCCGCAGAGCUCCAGCAGUUGUGGAAGGACGUUACCGGAGGCGGCGGUCACGGAAUGGAGGACAACGGCAUCAAACACAGCAGCGGCACUGGCGCCGGCGUGGGUGGCGGCGGCGGUUUAGACCUCUCCACUAACAACUCUUCUUCAACUACCUCCUCCUCCAAUCCCGCCAAAGCAUCGCCGCCCAUCUCUCACCAUUCCAUCGCCAACGGACAGUCUCCCGCCCUCAACCACAGGAGAGAGAGGGAAAGGGAAAGAGAACGAGAGCGAGAGAGUUCACUACACGAAGAAAGUGGAGGGACUCACCCCCUGUAUGGUCAUGGUGUGUGCAAGUGGCCCGGCUGUGAGAACAUCUGUGAAGACUUUGGACAGUUUUUGAAGCACCUAAACAGCGAGCACGCCCUCGACGAUCGGAGCACGGCUCAGUGUAGAGUCCAGAUGCAGGUCGUACAGCAGCUCGAAAUACAGCUUUCUAAAGAACGUGAGCGUCUUCAGGCGAUGAUGACCCACUUGCACAUGCGGCCCUCAGAACCCAAGUCAUCUCCCAAACCACUCAACUUGGUGUCCAGCGUCACCAUGUCCAAGAACCUGCCCUCGGCGUCACCCCCCAACUUACCUCAGACACCCACCACGCCCACAGCACCUAUCACACCCAUGGCUGCAAUGCCCCACGUGCCAUCGGUGCUGGGAGGAGCAAACGUCCCCAGCAUGGGAGCCAUGCGCAGACGCCACUCGGACAAAUAUUCCAUGCCUUUGUCGUCAGGUGGUGACACAGUAUUUAUUUUUCCAGAGAUUGCCCCAAACUACGAGUUUUAUAAGAACGCAGAUGUCAGACCGCCAUUUACUUAUGCAACCCUCAUAAGACAGGCUAUCAUGGACUCUGCUGACAUGCAGUUAACACUUAAUGAAAUCUACAGCUGGUUCACGCGCACGUUCGCUUACUUCAGACGCAACGCUGCAACUUGGAAGAAUGCUGUCCGCCACAACCUCAGUCUGCACAAGUGCUUUGUGCGCGUGGAGAAUGUGAAGGGGGCAGUGUGGACAGUAGAUGAGGUGGAGUACCAGAAACGCAGGUCGCAGAAGAUCACGGGAAGCCCAUCACUUGUCAAGAAUCUGCCCUCCAGUCUUGGCUAUGGAACUGCACUAAAUGCCAGCUUACAGGCUGCCCUAGCAGAGACCUCCUUGCCUUUGCUGGGAACCCCGGGGCUCAUGGGCAGUGGUGCCACAGGCCCGAUGGGAGGCACCUGCCACGGCCUCCUCGGCGGAGACCCGUCCGGACUGACCGCAGGAAGUCCGCCUGGCCAGUUGGGAGGGAGCCCACCCGGGUUGCUGGGUGUUAGUCCAGUUACGCUGAGCGGCAGCCCCACGCUGCUGCAGUCAGCCCACGAGGACCUCAACGGUUCAGUCGACCACCUGGACACCAACGGACACAGCAGCCCCAGAUACUCCCCUCCAGUACACAUGCCACCCAUUCACAUAAAGGAGGAGCCACUUAAUAUGGACGACGACGACUGUCCGAUGUCGCUUGUGACGACAGCCAAUCACAGUCCAGAGCUGGAGGAGGACCGGGAGCUGGAGGAAGGGAACUUAUCGGAAGACCUGGAGUGA